GAAGAGUCCCGCAGUCGGAGGCGGCCGGCUGGGCGUGCGCUCGCUCCACGCAGCCGAGGCUGGGCCGGCGCCGGGGCCGGACCAGGGACAGCGGGCGAAGGGCAGGGGCCGGAGCCAGGCGGUCCGGCCACACAGGGCAGGGGGCGGCGGGCGCCGGGUCUGCGGUUUCCUGAGCCCCGAUGUGAGGCGGCGGUGCUCCCGGCCCGAGCGCGCACCAUGGGGGCCCCGCUCGCGGUGGCGCUGGGCGCCCUCCACUACCUGGCACUUUUCCUGCAACUCGGCGGUGCCACGCGGCCCGCCGGCCACGCGCCCUGGGACAACCACGUCUCCGGCCACGCCCUCUUCACCGAGACGCCCCACGACGUGACGGCGCGGACGGGCGAGGACGUGGAGAUGGCCUGCUCCUUCCGGGGCAGCGGCUCGCCCUCCUACUCGCUGGAGAUCCAGUGGUGGUACGUGCGCAGCCACAGGGACUGGACCGACAAGCAGGUGUGGGCUUCGAACCAGCUAAAAGCAUCUCAGCAGGAAGAUGCCGGGAAGGACGCGACCAAAAUAAGUGUGGUCAAGGUGGUGGGAAGCAACAUCUCCCACAAGCUGCGCCUGUCCCGGGUGAAGCCCACAGAUGAGGGCACCUAUGAGUGCCGAGUCAUCGACUUCAGUGAUGGCAAGGCCCGGCACCACAAGGUCAAGGCCUACCUGCGGGUGCAGCCAGGGGAGAACUCGGUCCUGCACCUGCCUGAAGCCCCGCCCGCUGCGCCGCUCCCUAAGCCAGGCAAGGAGCUGAGGAAGCGCGCGCUGGAGGAGGAGGCCUGCAGCCUCUAGCCCGACGCCCCCGCUGUACAGAGCGCAUGAGGCGCCGCUGGACUGCUGGGGAUGGGACUGCCUGGCCCAGCCGCCUCCCUGUCCCUGCCCGGGGCUACUGCGCCGGCCCUCUGCCUACCAUCCCCUAGCUCAGCAUGUAAGCCCCACCUGACUCUUUCUUUUUAGAUCCCUGGUGACCUGGCUCAGAGAAGGUGGCCCCAGGCACCAAAGGGGUGACCGCCCCGAAAGCUGGGGCAGGGGCCAUGCCAGGGCCCGGGCUGCCUCCAUUCUGUCACCAGCUUUCGUGAAGUCCCGUGUUUCGCUUUGCUUGCUUGCCCCCCACCCCGUCCUGAGCUGGGGCCUCCCAGCCUCACUCUCCCUCCCUCCCACCAUCCCCCGCUUGGACUUGCAGGGGUGCACAGUGACCCCUCCCUGAAUGUGGACUCAAAUCUUCUGAGCAGAACUAGGGCCUCUUAAGGCUGUGGCCAGUUAGCAGGGUCACUGCGGGGGCCCUGGGAGAGGGAGAAACCCCACUGCCUCCCGAUGGUUCCUUCAUGUUCAGGCUCCUGAGACCUGAGACCCAGUGAGGCAGGGGCGCCAGAUACCUGCCCCAGAUGUCCCACGUAUCAGCAGGGAGUGCCCUUCCCCUCGGAGCCCACAGCCCCGGGCAGAGAUUUGCACCAGCAGGCCCCUGCUUCGGGAGUCUUUGAGGCUCUCCCAAGAGCCCCCUCUGCCAGCUCCCAACAUCCCAGCCCCCUCUUGGGGCCCAUGCCAAGUCCACCCAAAGUUCUGGGCUGUUGGGAGCCAAGGGCCCCCCAAUACCACCUCCCCCACAACUCCCAAUCGGGG